AUGAGAAAAGGAAAGCUUACACAGUACAUAGUGCAAGGAAAUGGUUCGGUCCCAACAGUUAAUCCAAACACACCAGCUAACCAAGUUUCCCAGAAGAGCGGGUCCGUACGUGAGAUCCUAGCUAUUCAUGGAAGGCCAAUCUCCCCUGGAGAAGAUGAAACAAGGUUGCGGUCAGAAAUAAGGCGGGAAGAAAAAAUAAGGAGGGUAUGUGCCAUUGAGAAAGAAGUUAAUUUGGAAGCACGACCAGGACAGGAGCUAGUCAUUAGCUUCUCAAAGCAAGACGCGGUCGGGGUGCAAUUUUCACAUAGAGAUGCGCUGGUAGUCUCAGUCCAAGUUGCCAACUGCCUCAUGAGGAGGGUAAUGAUCGAUGAAGGGAGCAGCGCGGAAGUCAUGUUCCUUGACGCAUUCAGGCAACUCAAACUUGGCGACAACCAUAUCAAGCCUAGCAGAGCACCACUUACCGGUUUCGAGGGAACCGAGACAUGGCCUAUGGGAGAAAUCACGUUGUUGGUGACUAUUGCAGAUAAAACGGUGGAGAUCGAUUUUGUGGUGGUUGAUAGGCCAUCGUCAUAUAAUGCAAUUCUCGGAAGAGAUUGGAUGCAUAAAAUGGAAGCAGAAGCGUCAUCCAGGUACCAAGUGGUGAAGUUUCCAUCCCGUAGUGGGGAUAGCAUAAUUUCUGUCAGAGGAGAUCAGUUAUUGUCCAAAAAGCUUUAUGCGAUGGAAAUCAGGAAAAAGAGUUCUGCUCCUCGUGAAGAGCAAGAAAUGCAAGCAUAG